CCGGCCUCAAGAGGACCUUUUCCGAAUGAUACAAGUGCGCAAUGGCUUCUGGGAUAGAGCCGGCAACGAACUUCAAAAAACUGAGGGGUGGCUGCGGAGCACUCUGAAAACACUCGAUCGCCCGCUCAUCUUCGCCAUUGACGGCCUGGAGUGCGACAGACAAUCUCGGGGGCGUCUGCUCACUUCGCUGAAAGCCGUCUCGGGCAAGACUUCGAUUCUCAAAAUUCUGCUUUCCACCCGACCCGAAGAGAGGAUCUUGGAGCAACUGAACGGAAUGGGUAAGAUUCAAAUGGAAUGCAGUGCCACGCGGGACCGCCUGGUCGUGGAGAAGACAGCUGCGACCCCGCUUUCCUACUUGCCCGACCAGGUGAAAGUGCUCGUUAUGGAAGCGCUAUCCUGCUCAGCACGGGGCAGCGGGAUAUGGACGAGGAUGAUAGUCGAGCUCAUCGAAACCUGCGCCAUCAGGGCACUGGGUCCAAUGCGUGCAUUUCUAGACGAGAUGCCACAGGCCAGCCAGCUCCGGGAGCUGUAUGCGAGCCUGUAUUCGCGCUACACAGCCGAUGACCCUGAGAAUCAAAUCCCUGCGACCACGGCCUUGGAAAUCCUCGCAGUCGCUAGAUGGCCUCUGAGCAUGCUAGAACUUGGCUGGGCUGUGGCCCUCGGCGCCGCUGACGAAACGGUCCGGAACGUGGACGCGCUUGCCCAGCGGGUAGACUACCAAAGGUUCAUGAGCUUGAUUCAGCCAUUCGUGGCUCAUGUCGACUUUGUUGAAGUGGCGAAACACCAGGUCAAACUUGUGCAUCAGUCAGUGAAGGAGUUUGUCAUCAACUUCAUCAGCCUUGCAUCGGAUGAGCCCAGCAAGCCUAUCAGGGCCUAUGCAACACUAGCACCACCGCUUCCGGCGCCUAUGCGGCGGCAGCGCAUGGAGCAGCUAGAGGCAGGCAUCCUAGCCAUCUCCGUCAGGUAUCUUCUCCUCCACGAAAUUGGCGAGAAUAACCUGCUUGCCGAAGAGCGCUUGGUGCUCGAGGAGCUGCCACAAGAUCCCGACCUGUUCGACGAUGACCAUGUACCGACCGAAUGCGGCUUCGGUGAGCUGUUUGUCUAUGCUUCGUGCCACUGGACCGAGCACUUUAGAGCCGUCUCAGCUGCGUCUCUCCUCCCAAGCGUCGCCGACAUAGAGGUUUUGUGCCGGGCUGGCUCGACGCGGUUGCACAGCUGGAUCGUGCAGAACUGUCGCCCAGAUUGUGCGACCAGGCCCAGGCUCGCAUUCGACAGCAGCCUGUAUGGCGCGCUCAACAUCACUUCUCUCUACGGCUCGGAGGCCAUGCUCCAGCGUGUGCUUAACGAGUCGGAUUUGGACGGUCCGGGGGAUGCAUUCCUCCCCAGACCGGUCAUGAAAGCUGCAGACCAGAUCCUCCAGUGGAUUGAAGGGCGAUGGGGCAGCGCUCUCUUGAGCAAGGCCGUCAGAGUGGUGUGCCUGCCCAUGGCUCGGGGACGGUUCGGCGCGGCUCAGCACCGGAUCCGGCUCAGCACCGAAUUGCUGGACAUUUCCCAGUCCGAGAGCAGCUUAAUUGGAACGGCCGUCUGUGGCAACCACGUCAACGUUAUGGGAUACUUGCUGGUGCAGCAAGGCAUUGAGGCGCACGUCCUGCACCGCAACGUCCGCGGCGAGAAUGUGCUGCACUUGGCAUCGCGGUACUGCAAUCCCGCCGUUUUUCGGCAGCUGGUGCCCCGUCUCAAACAUGAUGUGUACCAGAGGGAUGCAGGGCGACACGGUCUUGACUCGGAUUAUUCUCAGCAGUAG